AAUUAAUUGUUUGUUCCUUUGUAGGCACCAAGAUUGCGGUCGACUUUUUGAUCUUGACGUUAAGUCUUUCCGCAGGCCGUUUCAGUGUGAUCGCUUGCAUCUUUCAUCAUCAAGGUACAGUAAGUAUCCGCCCGGGGUUGAGACAUUGAUAUUCAGCUCGAGGUUCGCCGUCAACCUCGUUAUGUCUUGUCAUUCUUUCGCUGGGGGGUGGGGAUGGGCAGACAAAGGACCCCGACAGACGUCGUCCAAUGUACUGGGGUUCUCUGAGUCUCUGACACGGGCACCGGCGAGAAACCAGUCUCGAGAUGCCUCGUGUAGAUGGCUACGGCCCCCUCCUCCGCCCGGGUCCCAGACGUUGACAACGGCGACGGGAGACGGGACGAAACGCGUCGGUGAUCUGAUCUGGCCGCAGACGAGACGGGAGCUGGCUCAAUCAAGCACUCCAGGGGAGGCAUCCCUUUCAGCUAUUUCAUGAUGCUUUGUGUGCUGACAUGCAAGUAGUGUGCGUUCUGUACCACUUGGAGGUGAGAAAGGUCCUGCAAUACACGUUCGUACAUGG